AUGGGGAACAUGAUGUCCAAGGUGAACAACCUGCUGUACACAAAGCUCCGGGGGCUAUUCUCCGGGCAGUCCGAGAGAUCGAUAACAAUGAUCGGGCUCGACGGGGCUGGGAAGACGACGCUUCUGCUGUACCUACAGACCGGAGAGGUGCACCAGACAGUCCCAACACUUGGAUUCAACUGCGAAAACGUCACCCUUGGGAGCAUGAAGUUCCAGGUGUGGGACAUCGGAGGGCAGAACUCGUUCAUGAGGUUCUGGCACCAGUACAUAAACGAGGGGUGUGGAAUCAUAUACAUGGUUGACUGUGCAGACCCGCAGAGAUUCGGGAAGUCUGGCGAGGAGCUGUGGAGGAUACUGAACAUCCUGAACAGCCCCAGGCCUCUUCUUGUGCUUGCGAACAAGAUCGACCUGAUAAGGGAGCACGAGAGGAGCGAGGUGGUGAAGAGCAUCAGGAACGAGUUCAACCUCGAAAGGUACAACGGCCCGUCGCAGGUUGUGCCGAUCAGCGUUCUGCAGGCUGGGUCGAUGACAUCUGCCAACGACGAGAAUGGGAGGGAGAUCAUCGACGCAUUCAGGUGGCUGAACAAGGAGCUUGAGAAAAUGCCAAGGGCAGAGGCUUUAUAA